AUGGGGUUUAAGACUCUGAGAGAUUUUAACUUGGCUAUGCUUGCUAAACAGGUGUGGAGAUUUCAUACUAAACCUCAUUCCCUCAUUUCAAGGUGUUUCAAGGCUAAAUACUUUCCCCAAUCUGAUAUCCUUCAAGCGCCUCUAGGAUGCAAUCCUAGUUAUGCAUGGAGAAGUAUCCACAAUUCCAUUUGGGUCAUUUUAAAGGGAAGCUGUUGGAAAAUAGGUAAUGGGGAAUCAGCUAAAGUUUGGGGGGAUAACUGGGUUCCUCUUCACAAUGGAUUUAAGAUCUUGACUCAGAAGAUGGAACCUUUUUCCAUUAGACAUGUUAAGGAUCUGAUUAACAUGGAUUCAUUCAGUUGGGACACUGAGAUCUUAAACAACCUUUUUCUACCUAUUGAUAAGGAUCACAUAGAGCAAAUCCCCAUUAUCAAUACUACUAAUAUAGAUGAAUAUAUGUGGAUGCACGAACCUACAGGUGUCUAUACAGUGAAAAGUGGGUACAAGGCUAUUAAAGAAUGGCAAGAUCAACAAUUUUCCUCUACUGCUUCUAGCAGCUGUGAUACUCAAGUUUGGAAAAAAUUAUGGGCCAUUCAUACUAUUCCUAGACAUAAGGUUCUCCUAUGGAGAAUUCUACAAAAUUCUUUGCCUGUCAGAAGCGAGCUCAGCAAUAGAGGUGUUCCCUGUUCCAUUUUGUGUCCCAGAUGA